AUGUUCGCUACAACUUCAAGAAUGGUAGGUUUCCAGCUACGGAAACCUGUAUCGAUCUAUAAGGGGAUUAGUCGAUUGACUUUUUUUAUGGGAACACUGAUUAGGAGUUCGCAAAAGCAACAUAAUAUCGUUUUCUUUUCGACUACACACAUCGACAGUCAGGAAAGACCAAAGUUAAAGUCUUCAGGAAUUUCACAUGAUGCAUUCCUGGAACUUAGUAAGACCAAGGUGAUGAAUCAGCAACUAAGUGAUCGUAACGGGUUGCCUCUGUUGGUAACAAUUUCGGAGGAGGCUGCUAAGCAUCUUCGAAAAGUUACCGCUACUGAUAACAAGCCGAAUACAGCACUCCGGAUUUCCGUUGAAAGUGGAGGGUGUCAUGGGUUUGAAUACGUGUUUAAAUUGACUGAUACAAGCGAGUACCAUCCUGAUAAGGAAGAUUCAUUGUUUGUAAGAGACGGUGCUAAGGUCAUAAUGGACAAAACAUCGUUAGAAAUAUUGAGAAACUCGAAAAUUGACUAUGUGCAUGAGCUUAUCGGUUCGCAAUUCAAGGUUGUGGACAGCCCAUUUCUAAAAAGCAGCUGUGGAUGUGGUUCCAGUUUUGAGAUUGACUAUAGCAAGCUUGAUGAGGAAGCAAAAUAG